AUGAACAAGCUUCCGUUGGAUGAUGAUAUGCCCGAAUCUUGUCAAGAAAUUUAUGAUUGUGAAACUGCUGUUCUAAAUAAAGAUUUAGAAGUUGUUGAAGAAACACCAGAAAUUGAAGAAUCUACAGUGACAAUUAUAGACUCUAUAAAUGAUGCAGUAAUAACAGAAGCUCCAGAAAUAGAUGAAUCUUUACCAGAAGCAAUAGAAACUGUUGUAUCAAGUAAAGAUUUAGAAAUUGUUGAACAAACAUUAGAAAUUGAAGAAUCUUCAGUGACAAUUACAGAUUUUAUGAUUGAUGCAGAAAUGACAGAGGCUCCAGAAAUAGAUGAAUCUUCACCAGCUAUUGAAACAAUAGAAACUGAGCAGGUUACACAUAUUAAAGAUGAUUCAGUAUCUAUUCUGGCAAAUGAAGAACCCAAAAGUUUACCUGCAGAUGAGGAAUUAACUUUAAAAAUGGUUUCGAAAACUGAAGAAAUGGCUAUAGAAACGAACAAACAAAUAAUUGAUGAUAUUGAAUGUGAACAAACUGUGAACAAUCCAGAAAGUAUAGAGAAUGUGGUAAGUGAGGCAACAGAUAUACUCGAGGUUGAAUCAUUAGUGAAACAGGCAGAAGUGCAUGAACCUGUUAAUACUGAUCUAAUUGAAAACGUAGAAGUAGAAGAAACUGUUGUAGAAUCAGAAAAUUUUAAAUUAAAUGAUGAUAUAAUUUCAAAUACCACAGAAAUUGAUCAUGCUCAAGCUGCUACAAGCAUUGCAAACAAUGUAAACGUUUUAGAAGUUGCAGAAACUAUAGAUUUAAAUACAUUAUUGGUAAAAGACUUAGAAAUAGAAUUGGAAGAAACGAUAAAAGCAGAAGAAAUGUUGAAAGAGGUAGAAUUAACAGAAGAACCUGUAAAAGAUAUUGAAGUAUCUGAUAAUAACGAGGAAGAAAGUGAAAAAUCAAUCAGUAUUGAAAAAUUAUCUGAAGAUAUAUUGACAAGUGACCAAAUUACUACUGGACUGGAAGAAGAUACAGAAAAUGCUGAACUAAUAAAACCUGCAGAAACUGUAGAUAUACUAAUGGAAACUGAGGUAGUAGAAAGUAUGGAAACUGUUGAGACUACUGACGAAACCAAAGAUGCCCUAGCAGUUGAUGAUGUGAAAGAAAAAAUCAUAACAGAAAGCAGCCUUGAUGUUCCUGUGUCUGAAGACUCUGAAGAUAAAUCUAAUAAAUUGGAUACCGAUAUUCAAGAAGCUAUCACAAAUGAAAUGCCUGAACAACUUAUGGAAGUUUCAGAAGAGACAUCUAUUGAUACAGAUGUUUCUGAUGCCACCAGUACUGUGACCCCAAGUACAAUAAAAUCAAAUAAAUCCAAUAAACCCGUUUUAAUCAAAUGUUCUAAUUUGUUAGAUGAAAGUUUACAAUCAGAAUCAAGCAUACUGGACACAAGUGUCAUAGCAGAUACUACAAUUGAAAAUGAUUCGGAUGAAGUUGAUAAAGUGGAAACAAAAAUAGAUGAUCGUAAGGUAGGACCUCUAAAACUAAAUCUAUCACAAAAACCUAAUUUAAAACGCCCUGCUGAAAGUGAUUCACUUUCUAUUAUCACAAAAAUUCAAAAACUUGCUGAGUCUGGCCUGACUGAAAAUAGGGAGUGUGUGAAGACUGAUAAAACUCCUAAAGUAACGAUUAAACCAAUUAGAAAACCUGUAGAUGAAGAAUCCAAUAUACCAAAAUUAACUAUUAAACCCGUAGUUGAUACAGAGAAGCAGAAGGAGGAAGGCAAACCACCACUUAUUGACAAAGUUGAAACAGUACCAAAGCUUACAAUAAAACCAAUAGUAAAACCUGAAGCAGAGAUUGUACCUAAAUUAACUCUUAAAAUACCUAUAGAUAAUAAAGAUCCUUCAUCAGAAUCAGACUCUGAUGAAGUGAAAUCUUCUAAAAAUAUUGUUCCAAAGCUAACUUUGAAGCUGCCUGUUGAAGUAAGCAGCAAAGAAGUUACUUCUGAGUCUGAAACUGAUGAAUGUAAAAUGUCCGAUGAAGCACACACUGUUCCUAAGUUAAUGCUUAAAAUUCAGCAUAAGCCUGAAGAAACUAAUGCUGAUCAAGUGUCUUCUACUCAAACGAUACCUAAAUUGACAAUAAGAACCAGUGAAAAAUCUGCUGAAGUUAUAUCAAAACUUAUUGUUAAUGUAAAUCAACAGGCUACUUCUUCUACAGAUGAUGUGGUUCAACAAAAGGUACCUAAGUUAACUUUGAGAUUAAAUCCAGAAGAUCAAUCAAUUGCGGAUUCUACCGGCCAACUAAGUAAAGAAACUUCUGAAUCAGAGUAUGAAGAUGAGCUUGUACAACACACUGUACCUCCUCUGACUAUAAAACUAUCGUCUGAUAAAGAACAGGACAAACUUAUUGAAAAGGAAUCCAUUCAUCAAACAGUUCCUAAAUUAAUGAUUAAAUUACCUGCUGAUAAGGAACAAUUAUCAGUAAAAAAUAGUGAUGUGCAGCAAACUGUUCCAAAAAUAACAAUAAAAUUGCCUUCUGAAAAAGAUGCAGAUGAUAAUAAAGAUGUAUCAAUAAAGACCUUUGAAAAAACGACUGAAGAAAAAACGACUCAUCUGAUUGUCCCAAAAUUAACUAUUAAAAAGUCAUCUGAAAAAGAUCAAGAUGACCAAGAUAAACCAAUUGAAAAGCAUGUUGUUCCAAAAUUAACAAUAAAAUCAGUUCCUAAACCAGAAACAGAAACGGUUCCCAAAUUGACUGUAAAACUAUCUAGUACUGGUGAGCAUCAUAUUGAGAAUACUCAUAACAAUGAGGCAGUUCGAUCAACAGCGAAGAUAGGUGCUUUCGACUCUGUGCAUCUUACUCCUAAAGUCACAAUAAAACCUGUUGUUAAGUCUGAACAAGAAGUGCAUCCAAAGGUGACAAUAUCUCCUAAAAAGAAAGAAGUUCCCAAACUCACAUUAAAACUUUCUUCUGAUGUUUCACUGGAUAUUAAAACUGAUGCACAUCAUUCAAAAGACAUGCCUAAGUUUAAUAUUAAACCAAUACCAUCAGUACAAACUGAAGCAGAUCCAACAAAGCCUUUGGAAAUUGUGACUACUGAUAAGCAUCCUCAUAUUGUUCACGGAGAACAGGAUGUUAACACUGCUUCUAUGAAACGUGCAUUAAUGAAUCCUGAUUUAGAUAUUAUUGAAGUGAAACGCCCUUGUGUGGAUUCUAUAUACUCUAGGUUGCCACCAGAUGUGUCAAUAUCACCAAUAAAACAACAGCAAGCAUCACCAACAGUAAAGCAAACUGAGAAGCAGAAGAGUGAGAAAAGACUUAGAGACAUUUUAUCUAAACUGCACCAAAAAUCAACAGAACAACCAAGACAAGAUUCACCACUUCCGUUACAAAGGGUUUUAAUUGAUGAAGCACAUGACAACUCUAGCUCUUCUGGAUUGAUUUUUGGGAAAGAUAUUGAAUUAAUACGCAUGGGUGAAUCAAUGGCACAGAAUGUCGUGUCUCCUACUGUUACAACUCCUAACAGAGGAACCAUGCCAAGGAAACGAGGAAGACCAAGAAAAGAUGCUAACUUAAUUGCGCAAAAGAAAGAACAACUUGCUCAAGAAAUGCUACAAAACAGUCUCUUUCCAGCACAGCAUAUGCUUGAAGGUCUAAUGACUGGAUCUGGUGAAAGCCCAGUUAGAACAAGUCGUAGAAGUACCAGAGGACGUGAGAGGUAUGAUUUCUACCACACCAAGGGGCGUGGCAGAGGCCGUGGCUCUAAACAGCAAGCUCUUCAGGUUUCAAUGGAACAGCAGAGGAUUCAACAAAUGCUGAAUAUCCAGGACCAAAUCAUUCAGCAGCAAGCUUCGGGUGAUAAUGCACAGGUUGCUUUGAAAAGUCCAGAAUCAUGGCAAUCUCAAAAUCAACAAAGUGGAAAUCUAGAAUCAUUUCAAGAUAAGAUUAAAUCUUUGACGAAACAACAUCAGGAAAUGGUGUCAAAUUCGGAUCCUCUUCAAAAUUUGCAAGCGAUGACCAGUAAUAUACCCAUUGAUUUGACUGGAGCUGAUGAUAGUUCAGAUGCUGUUAUACCCUCAACUCCUAACCAAGUGACGACUCCUCAAGAUUCUCAAAAAGAAAUGGUUGAAAAUAUGGAUACAAGUAUAUUAUCUCCAGAAGGAAUUUCUCCCUCAUCCAUUAUGAAGACUCCAGGUUCAACAAGAGCGCCAACUAGAGGUAGAAGGGGAAGAGGAUCCAGAGGAAGUCGAGGUUCUCCUAAAAAGAGAGGCAGCAGCUUGAAGGAAAAUCCACUUCCAAUGUUUGAAGAGGAUACAAGAAUGAGUGCUGAUCUUGGGAAUAAAAGUACUCCUGGAAUGCCUAUAAAAAGUGGAGUUGGUGAAGGAGCAGAUGAAUCUCAAAGUUCAAUGCACAGCUCAGCUAAUGAAAACUCAAAAUCCAAACGUGGAAGGAUGGAAGUCGGAGAUUCUGAAGGCAAGCUUGAGUUUACUGUUGAUAUGAUAGCCGAAUACCUAUGGCCCCAGCCCGAAGUGGCUUCGCCUACUAGUACUGCUACUGUUAACCAGAACAACAACACUAAUUCAGUUUCCAAUAAUACUUCCACUACAACUAAUGGUACCUCAAAUAGUUAUGAAGAAAAAUUGUUCCCUGAAAUGUAUAUGAUACAAGAACAAAUAGCCUUAUAUCUUGGUGUUACGAGUUUUAAAAGAAAAUAUCCUGAUGUGAGAAGAAGACAAGUUGAAAUGAGGGAAAGAGAUUAUAUUAUGAGUAGAAAUCUGGUUACUGAAACGUUGUGUGAUUUGGGUUUAACUGCCAUUCCUACAUGUGAAGUGCUUGAUAUUAUGUCUGCUGAUUUUCCUCAGAAAUAUGAUGAGUAUAAAAAAUAUUUACGAGAUAAACAAGCUAAAGAACUUGCUAUAAAACAACGAGCAAUGAACAAUGAUAGAAAUAAACAAAGAAGUAUAAAAGACCGCGCAAUCAGUUCUGCUUCAUCUUGGAACAGUAAAUUUAAUAAAGACCGAAUGGAGAAUCGUAAAGGUGGUUGCUUAGAUCUUCAAACAUAUGUUAUACAGAAAUCAAAAUCGGUUCGAAGAGUGCAAAGUCCAUCUAAAACAAAACCGGGUCAUUAUCCAGUUGCUUUAGUUCCUGGACAAUUUUGUGACUACUACAAGAAAUAUUCACCCAAUGAGCUUAGAUAUUUCCCAUUGGAUACUGUUUUGUAUGGUCCACAGAAGCCUAACCAACAAACACUCCCAAUUGUUGUUAACCAAGGUUCAGAUAGUUCAUCAUCCAGUUCCAGUUCUAGUGGUUCAGAUAGCGAUUCAAGUUCUGAUGAUUCAGAGGAUGAAGAUGGUCCUUCAAAUUCUGAUCGUUCAUGCCGAUUAUGUAAAGUUUCAAAACCAGGGCAAGAAUUUGUUCAAUGCACUGGCUGUAAAGCGCAUGUGCAUGCUCUGUGCGCAGGAUUACGAUCGAGAGAAUCUAUUUUAUUAUCAAAAUCUUAUGCUUGGAGAUGUAUGGAGUGCAAACAGUGCUUGCAAUGUUCUAAACCAAUACAGGCAGCUGCCAAUGGAGAUAAUUCUCUCUCUAAUGGAUUGAAUUCAAAUCAAAAAUCUCCAAAUGUGUUGCGCUGUGAACGUUGUGAUCGAUGCGCCCAUGUCGCCUGCAUUGGCAAUGGUUCUAAUAGUUCAAGUUCUAAAUGGUCUUGCACUUUAUGCAGUACAUGUGACUCGUGCAAAUCACCUGAUUCUGGUAUAACAAAUAAUAGUACAAAUGCAACUUCAAUUAAGCAGUGGCGAAGGGUGGACACUCCGAGAGGUCCAAGGCAGUUGUGUCAGCCCUGUGCAGUAAUGUGGCAAGAGAAACGAUAUUGUUCAAUGUGCUAUCUAUGUGUUCUUGAUAAUCAGGCUUUCAUGACUUGCAAGAUUUGUACUCAUAAAAUGCAUACAGGUUGCAUUCGAACUCAAUUUCCCAAUAUGACAGGUAACGAAAUUGUUACAUGUUUGGAAUGUUCAAAAAAGCCACAAAAUUUUCCUAAGGUCGUCAGUAAUUCUAUAAAUUUGACUCACCACCAGCAACAAAUUGUUACAACUACAUGCUAAAAUUUGAUUUUGUUCAAUUAGCAUUGAUAUACUACACAAAAGUAAGUUUUAUAUUUAAA